GACAAGAUGGCGGCGCCCAGCUGUGGCGCCGGUAAUGGUGGCGGCGGUGGAGCCGCCGCGGCCCACUACUGCUUGGUGAGCGGCAUCCCGGGCGCGCUGCGUUCCGCCCAGCUCCGCCACUACUUCAGCCAGUUCAUCGAGGCCGGCGCUUUCCUCUGCUUCCACUACCGGCAUCGCCCCGAGCGGCGGGCGGCCAGCGGCGGGGAGGCCGCGGCGCCGCGCACCUGCUCCUGCCUGGUGGCCGUGCGGCCGGGCCGCGCCCGCCACUUCGUCCGCAUGUACUCGGGGCGCCGCUGGCUCGGGCCUGGCGGGGCCUGGCUGCCCGGGCGCUGCCUCGUCCGCAGGGUCCGUCUCAGUCCCAGUGCAGGUGUGGAGAUGUUUCCCUGCAGAGGCGACAAGAUGGCAGUGAGUGAUUCUGUCACUGAGGGGGAUUUGAAGCGGCUGCCGGAGUUAAACCCGCCUGCGUUCAUGCCUCAUGGGAACGUGGGAACACCUUUGAAAGUUUUUCUGGAGUUGAUCCGCGCCUGCAGGUUGCCUCCCCGGAUUAUCAAGAAGUUGCAGCUGGAUUUUCCCAAGACAGGCUCAUCCCGUAGGUAUGGGAAUGUGCCUUUUGAAUAUCAAGACACUGAGACGGUUACAGGAGAAGGAGUGUAUACUGCAGCAGGGGACGAGAUCACAGAAGAGGAGGGUCAUGUGGCAAGGUCUGAGGUGUCUAAUCCAGUUACUGCUGAGGAAGAUGCAGAGGGACUGGAGAAGGAGGAAGCAGAAGAGUCGCACUCAGAUGAUGAUAAUGAUACCUGUGAGGAAUGGGAGCGACAUGAGGCUCUGCAUGAGGAUGUGACCAAACAGGACCGCAUGGAGGAGCGUCUCUUUGAAGAGGAGAUUGAGCUGAAGUGGGAGAAAGGCGGCUCUGGGCUGGUCUUCUACACGGAUGCUCAGUACUGGCAGGAGGAAAACGGAGACUUUGAUGAGCAGACUGCAGAUGACUGGGAUGUGGACAUGAGCAUCUACUAUGAUAAAGAUGGUGGAGAUAAAGAUGCUCGAGACUCAGUCCAGAUGUGGCUGGAGCAGAGACUCCGUGAUGGCUUGGAGGAUGGGUCUGUUUCAGGGCAACAUAUUGGGACCUUUGAGAAAUACACAAAGGGCAUUGGCAGGAAGGUGCUGGAGCAGCAGGGCUGGACUGAGGGGCUGGGGCUGGGGAGCAGCAACUCAGGAAUGGCUGAAGCUUUGGACAACGAGGGUCAGAAUCCGAGAUGCAAGAGGGGGCUGGGGUACCAUGGGGAGAAACUGCCAACCUUCAGCAAGGUAAAGAAGCCUCGGCGGGAUGGUCCCAUCCUCAUAUCCACUAUCUACGAUGACCCCGAGCCAAUGGACAGUGGUGACCUUCUGCUCAGGCGCCAGCCACCCACUGCCAUGAAGUACAGACAGGACAUGCCAUUUGUCCGGGCAUCAUGUGGUGCUCAGGAGAGAACCAGUGCCCAGUCUCACUGAGCACAGACUGUCACAGAGCCUUUGUACUGGUACUGCCUCCCUUGGACAGCAGGCUGGCUCCUGCUGGUCUCAGGUGUGGAGCAGGGUGUUAAUAUAUUUAUUUUUGGAGGAAAUUAAGUUGUAACAAAA